CAUUUGCACCUGUUAGCCAUCAAGUAGGUUAUUAAUUGAUAUGCCAUUGUAGGCUACUGUAGCCUUCCAUUUGAUACAGUACAAUACAUAUUCUGAAUUGACGAUAUCACUGGAAUCAUUGCAAAUCAAUUUGUGCCACUUGUGUAGCCUACCUGGAGCUGGCAAACGAAUUGAAUAACUUGCCUAUAACUCAAUUUUUUUUGUUGUAGCCUUGUGUUAUUAUGCAAUUGUUAAUGGCCAUGUUUAGUUAAUUAAAUAGGAAGUUAUCGAUUAUGAUCACGAUCACAGCUCUAUCGCGAAGGUAUCAUUCUCCACAUUUAAUGUCAGUUUAAUAUUGGACUUUUCCAUGAAAUUAGAUGUUGGCCUUCAGGGGCUACAGGCUACCUGCAUCUAGCUCAGCAAACCAUGGCAAAGUUUAAUUGCAAUUUUAGCCAGUAGCCUCUGCCUAUUGAAAUAACAAGUCAAUCUCGAAAAUAGGCAAUUUAUUAUGGUUUGUAGUUUAAGAUCUGGCACACAAUGAAGGCACAACUGCCAGAAAAUAGCCUAACAUUUGUUUUUUGAGAUCCUCUGUCCAACUUUCAUCAUUCAAACUAUCCUGUUGGAUUUAUCUAUAGUUAUGCAGAUGCACAAUUUUUUAUUCAUUUAAUAAGCAAUAAGUCACGAGGGGUUGUGGUAUAUGACCAAUAUAGAGCUAAGGGCUGUUCUUACGCACGACACAGCCCUAUAUACCACAGCCACAUAUAUUAUGCGUUAUUGCUAUUAUAAACUGGUUACCAACGUACCAACGUAAUUAGAGCAGUAAAAAUAAAUGGUUGAAUAGUGGACUGUGUACCAUGGGAAUCACUUUUUACUAUUCUAAUUAUAUUGUUAACCAGUUUAUAGCAAUAAGGCUCCACAGGGGUUUGUAGUACAUGUUGAAAGAACAGCCCUUAGCCGUGGUAUAUUGGCCAUAUACCACACCUCCUAGGGCCUUAUUGUUUAAUCAUAGCAGUCAAAACAAGUUACAUCGACAUCCAUUGAUGGAAAAUGAUCUGGAGAGUUUAAUAAGGGCGAUUUAUCUUUUCUCUUGCGAAAUAUUCUUAAACUUGCAAUAAUUAUUAUUUAGAUGGAAAACCGAAUUUUACUUCUUUAAAAAUGGCGUAGACAUUCCUUAUUUAUUAGCUCGAUAAAGUUACGGAAUAGGGUUUCAUGGAUGACUCAGGAAACUCCGCUCUUGCUGCCAAACUAUUUUGGGGGGGAUUUUUCAGGCCUGGUGGGCGGGUUUUCCGGGGUUAUUGGGCUAGAGUUUCCCUGGACUUGGCAACACCGCUUCCCGGUCGUAGCUGUGUUGAAGUGACGUGAACAGUUUUUCUCAAUUGCACGUAGGUUUCGCUAUAAUGCUAGUCACAAUGUAGUGAUGUAUAAGAUUAUGUUGCCGUCGCAUACAGCUCAUUGGUCGAGUAAAAUGUUGUGUCUGAAAUGUGUUUUGUCGUUUUGGACUCUCUGUCAAGUCAUCAAACAAGCCCACCCAGCUGAUUCCUGCAGCCCUGUAGUCCAGAUAAAACCCCAGGCAGGAUUCCUGAUGGUCAACAUUGGGAAAAAUUGUCUCUGGGAUGAACAUGGGGACCAUUGUCAUUACGUGGUCAACUACGGUAGAGAGGGGGAGAAGCUCGAAGAGUAUGUCUCCAAAUCCCCUAAGACCCUCCGAGGUCUGGAGAUUGGGGGGAGGUACUGUGUACAGGUCCGCUAUGUCUGUUACCACAACCCCUUGGGAACCUCUAGCCCCCUACAGUGUGUAUCCAUCCCAGAGUCAGAAAGGACAAGGCAUACCAGGAUUGUGGCUAUCAGUGUGACCCUUACCAUCCUUUUGGGAUUCUUGGUAGUUGGCCUUGCGUUCAUCUACAGGCACCAUGAGAAAAUUAAACAGUUCCUUCGACCCCCACUACAGCUACCAGACCACUAUCGUGAGUACCUAUCAGGGUACUUCCCCCAGCAGUGCCUGUCCAUCACAAGAACAACCAGGGCCUGUGAAGAAAGCCAUGAUCUCAUCUCCAUCGUCUGCUGUGAAGAGGACCAGUCUGACAGAACAGGACUAGCUCGCCUACUGAACUGGAGUCAUCCUCUGGCCCUUUAGAUCAUUACCAAUGAUCCAUUGAUCCUGUGACUUCAGACAAGACAUGAGCAUUUCACACUCACUGGGAUUUUAGAUGAACUUGAUAGCGUCAGUAGAUGAACUGUAGUAGGCCUAUCUGACUGUUUACACUCCGAAGCCCCUGCUUGCAUCAGCUGCAAACAUUGCGUUUGAUCAAAAGGUAACUAUUUUACAAGAAUCUGGUAACUUCUCUAGGCAUGUUAGUAUGCUCUGCUGCAGAGGACAGAGACAGGUGCAUAUGGCUCACCAAUUAGACCUACCCAGUAAUGAUUCAUUUGAUAAUAAUGUGUCAUCAGGUCAUCCAGCUUAAGACAGAAGCACUUUAUUAAAAAGUCAUUUGACAUGUGUCCUUGGGCCAGGACUUUCAUUUAACAUUUUUGGCUGUUUAGUAAUGGGAUUACUAUGUUCAACUGUGUAUAUAUCACACUAUUUCUUCAGUUUUUUUACUGAACAUAUUAGACAAGUACUAGUAGCAAGGUUAAGGCACAUAUUGUAAUUCACUAAUCAAUGAAAUUACAUUUUGAGGUAUACAUGGUCAAAAGUUGGCUGAGGGGCUGUAUUAAAAUGAAAACAGACAUAGAACAAGUUCUUGAGACUUAUCUAUGCUUGCACUUUAUAUGAAAAUUUACCUCUAGCAUUAUAUUGAUUGAACGUAUUAACUUUUUUUGUAUUCCUUUAUGCUGAAACUGUUAAAGUCAAGGUGAAAUUGGAAAAGUGUGUGUUACAUUGACUUUUGUUUGACUGUAAAAAUGAAUAUUCUACGUUGAUGUGAAAGUGCCAGGGCUUUGACCCACAAAUUAUUUAAUACUGGGUUUAAAUAAAUGAACACAGCCAUUUUGA